GGUCGGUCUGAACGCAGUGUCAGACGCACAGUAGAGGAAAGGGAAAAAGAGAAGGCGUUGUCUUUCCUGAAGAGAGGCAGGGCUGAGGCUCAGUGGCACUGCCGAGGGACCUGGCUGCUAGGCCGGGCCCUGGACGCCUAAUCCCGUGUUUGUGCUUGUACCCUACCCUUGUCCACGGCCCGAUGGCGGCAGGCGAGCUGAUGGGCCCGGCGCAGCAGGGGCAGGUGAACUUUGAAGAUGUGUUCGUGUACUUCUCCGAGGAUGAAUGGGUGCUCCUUGAUGAUACCCAGAGGCUCCUGUACCGUGAUGUGAUGCUGGAGAACUUUGCACUUACGGCCUCUCUGGGACAUGCAUCUUCCAUGUCUCAUGUAAUUGCCUCACUGGAGCUGGGCUGUGAUUCCUGGGUACCAGACUGGGUGGAUGUGACUCCAGCCAUUCCCAGAGAGACUUUAGGUUGGAGUGGCCCUGGUUGUCAAGGAAUGGAGCCUGAGAAGAUAUCUUUUGAGCAGACUGUUUCUGUAGAAGGAUUGUCACAGAUGAGGCCUCCCAAGGGAGACCCUUCUGGGAAGGUUCACUCCUGUGAAACAUGUGGUCUGGUCUUGAAAGACAUUUUGCACUUGGCUAAGCACCAGGAAACAUACCCUGGGCAGAAACCAUACAUGUGUGUGGCAUGUGGGAAACAGUUCUGGUUCACUGCAAACCUUUACCAGCACCAGAAGCAGCACAGUGGAGAGAGACCCUUCAGACAAGGUGAGGGUGGGGGCUUUGUUGUGAGCAGCUGCCCUGUCCAACCAUCAGAGAUACCUUUUAUGGCCCAGGAGAGCUGUAAGGAUUUGUCAACAAGUUCAAGCAUUUUCCAGCACCAUGCCCCUCACAGUGAAUGGAAACCACACAGUAAUACCAAGAGCGAGGAGAUCUUUCAUAAUGGACAGAGGCAUUACAAGUGCAGUGAAUGUGGGAAAGCCUUCAGCCGCAAAGACUCACUUGUUCAGCACCAGAGAGUUCACACUGGAGAAAGGCCUUAUGAAUGUGGUGAAUGUGGGAAAACCUUUAGCCGGAAACCUAUACUUGCUCAGCAUCAGAGAAUUCACACUGGAGAAAUGCCUUAUGAGUGUGGCAUAUGUGGGAAAGUUUUUAAUCAUAGCUCUAACCUUAUUGUACACCAGAGAGUACAUACUGGAGCAAGACCUUACAAGUGCAGUGAAUGCGGGAAAGCCUAUAGCCACAAAUCUACACUUGUUCAGCAUGAGAGUAUUCACACUGGAGAAAGACCAUAUGAGUGUAGUGAAUGUGGGAAAUACUUUGGUCACAAAUACAGACUCAUUAAACACUGGAGUGUUCACACUGGAGCAAGGCCUUAUGAGUGCAUUGCAUGUGGAAAAUUCUUUAGUCAAAGCUCUGACCUUAUUGCACACCAAAGAGUGCAUAAUGGUGAAAAGCCUUAUGUGUGCAGUGAAUGUGGAAAAGCCUUUAGCCACAAACAUGUACUUAUUCAACAUCAUAGAAUUCACACUGGAGAAAGGCCAUAUAAGUGCAGUGAAUGUGGGAAGGCCUUUAGGCAAAGGGCUUCCCUCAUCCGCCAUUGGAAAAUUCACACUGGAGAAAGGCCUUAGUAUAGGAAAUAUGCCAUCUCUUGUUCAGCAUGAAUGACCCCACAGAGAAGCAUGUAGAGUAACCUUUGUGUGGAGCCAUCAGCCAGAAGUUAAACUUUUGACUUUGGAACAUGAACUUUGGGAAGAUUCCUCUGAAUUUCGGCUAUGUGGGAAGCAUUCUGGAGCUAUGUUGCAUUUUCUGACCUGUGCAGGACGCUUGCUAGAAUUUACACAUCAUUGCCAGUACCUCUGACAGGAGCCAUCUAUCUUUGCACUGGCAGAGUCCCACUAGUGUAUAGUUCACACCAACGUGAUUAACAAGGCAGACCUUUGUACUCUUCCUCCU